AUGACCCUCUGUGGUAACACCACUAUAAUCUGGGCCGUGUGUACGCACACAUCCCUCCGUACACCCAUGUACUUUUUCCUGUGCAAUCUGUCCCUUAUAGAGAUCUGUUAUACCACUACUGUGAUACCACUGAUGCUUUCCAACAUCUUUGGGGCUCAAAGGCCCAUCCCUUUGGCUGGCUGUGCAGCUCAGAUGUUCGUGUUUUGUACCCUUGGUGGUACCGACUGUUUCUUAUUGGCCGCAAUGGCAUAUGACCGCUAUGUGGCCAUCUGCCAUCCCCUGCACUACACCCUCAUCAUGACCCAGAAGCGAUGUAUCAAGCUCAUGCUUACUUCCCUGGGCUUGGCUCUUUUCCUAGUACUGCAGCUCACAGUAGUGAUCUUCACCCUUCCCUUCUGUGGUCACCGCCUGGAGAUCAACCACUUCUUCUGUGAUGCCCCACCUGUCUUACGUCUGGCUUGUAGUGACACUCGAGUACAACAAGCUGUUCUGUUUGUUGUGGGUGUCUUCGUUCUGACUGUGCCCUUUGUGCUCAUCUCCAUUUCCUAUAUCUUUAUCGCCAACACCAUUCUACGAAUUCGCUCUGCAGAGGGGCGUCGGAAAGCGUUUUCCACCUGCUCCUCCCAUCUCUGUGUGGUUUUACUGCAGUAUGGCUGUGGCACCCUGGUCUAUAUGCGUCCUAGGUCCAGCACCUCAGAAGAUGAGGACCUGGAGCUUGCCUUGGUCUAUACCUUUGGGACACCUCUGCUCAACCCCUCAUUUAUACCCUACGGAAUAAGGAUUUCAAAGAUGCACUAA